AUGCCUGCCACAAGCAGCCUCCGACCUCAGAAAGUGUGUUUGUGUCCAUUUCUACCAGUUCACCCUCUCCACAUCUCUACUCACUUGUACAUAAUUCAGCAUCCUGCAGAGGAAAGCAAAGUGUUGCGGACGGUUCCUCUGCUGGCAGCGUGCCUCCCUAAGGACAAGUGUAAAGUCCAAGUCGGCCGUCGCUUCAGCGAGGACAGAGAUCCUGAACUUUCUGCUGUUUGUCGGAGGUCUGGUACGUUAGUGUUGUAUCCAGGGGCGGAAGCUACUGAUUUGGAAGAGUUUAUGUUAGACUGUCCUGUUUAUCCGUCCACAAUCAUCAUCAUUGAUGGUACAUGGAGCCAGGCGAAGGAUAUUUUCUAUAAGAAUUCCUUGUUCCGUCUUCCCAAACAGGUGCAGUUAAAAACUGACAUUUCUAGUCAGUAUGUAAUUCGGAUGCAACCAACCAAUAGAUGCCUUUCUACGCUAGAGUGUGCAGCUGUUGCCCUUUCCAUUCUGGAGAAAAAUGAUAAUAUACGAGAGGCUUUACUCCGUCCGCUGCGAGCUCUGUGCUCGUUCCAGCUGCAGCACGGCGCUCAGAUUCGCCUCAGCAAGGAGCACCUCCUGGAGAACGGCUUAUAUCCCAAGCAAAUGCCCAAGAACAGACGCAAGCUCAGGAAAAUGGAACUGCUAAUUAACAGUGUUAAAAUUUAGUCUGUUUCAAUGGUGCUAGUUUACUCAUUUUCAGCUGACCAGACCAAGUGAAGUUGUCCUGCACUUUAGUUCUUUUGGAAAGCUUUACUGUCAGAGGAAGAUUCUGGAUUGCUACUGAUCUUGUCCAGCAAAAAGGAUAUACAACAAAUGGCCAUCAUAAGAACAAAACAGUGUCAUGGACUCAGCAAAAAGCAAGACUUUAUGCUGUUUUGUUUUCUUUUUAAAAUGUGCCUCUAAAUACAGUUUUACAAAUCCAAAAUUUUAAAUAUGAUUGGUUACUGACCUGGAAUUAAAUGGUGCCUCAUUGAAGCAAUAGCAUUUCCAUGAAUGUUUGUGGAUAAUUUUGAAGUAGACCAAAAAUAGAGCAUCAAUUUGCAAUCUUGUACAUGAACUUUACAAUUUGAAACAAGCUGUAGAAGAAAAUAAUGAUGAUCAGAAAGUCUAGACACAGCUUACUCAUUUCAUAAAAUAAUUAUGGAAACUUCCAAUAUACUUAAGGGACUAACCUUGAACUUGGCCAGAUUUUUAAAGAAGAGCAUGGAAGGCUGAUAUGCUGGCUCCGCAGGCUAAUCCUCCACAUGCAAUGCUGACAUUCCGUAUGGGCACUGGGUGGAGUUCUGGCUUCUCUGCUUCGGAUCCGGCUCUGUUUAUGGACAGGGAAAGUAACAAAGGAUGGCCUAAAUCCUUGGGCCCCUGCAGCCACGUGCGAAACCCAGAAAAAGCUCCUGGCUCCUG